CUGAAUCUGACGGAUACGUCCCUCCUACAAAGCGGAUCUGUGUGUCAUAUGACAAAUAGUGGUUGCAAUGGGACACAGAUGAUGUUGUGGAACGUCUCAAUCAAGCUGGGUUAAGGGAUGUGGCCGAAGUGUUUAAAAUGGAGGCUAUAGUAGGAGCGACAUUGCCGAAACUUCAAGAUGAGCAUUUGAAGGAAAUAGGCAUAAAGCCAUCGGAGAUUAAACAAGUAAGGAAGUUUAUCGAAGACGUAACUAAAGAUACAUCACAUCACAAGAUUGUCAACGACCCAAUUCACGGGCAUAUAAAACUCCAUCCACUGUGUGUUAAAAUCAUCGACACUCCGGAAUUCCAGCGUCUUCGGUUCAUAAAGCAACUCGGCAACGGCUAUUUCGUAUAUCCAGGAGCAUCUCACAACAGAUUUGAACAUAGUUUGGGGGUGUGUCAUUUAGCGGGAAAAUUGGUGCGUGCGUUUCAAGAUCGGCAGCCAAAACUGGAAAUCACGUACACUGACAUUCUCUGUGCGGAAAUAGCGGGACUUUGUCAUGACCUUGGUCACGGACCAUUCUCACAUCUCUUUGAUGGAAUGUUCAUUCCCGCUGUCAAAAUGGAUACGGAUCCAAAAUGGACGCAUGAAAAAGGAUCUACCAAAAUGUUUGAUCAUCUGGUGAAAGAAAACAAGCUGGAAAAGGAAUUUGAAAAAUACGGACUGACAGAGCAAGACCGUGUGUUUAUCAAGGAACAGAUUGAUAGACCCAAUGAACUAGACCAGAAGAACUGGACACUGAAUGGAAGACCAAAGGAAAAGAGUUUUUUAUACGAGGUGGUUUCCAACAAGCGGAAUGGCAUUGACGUUGACAAAUGGGACUAUUUCGCGCGGGAUUGCCACAUGCUGGGAAUUCGGAACAACUUUGACCAUAAUCGAUGCAUCGAGUUUUCCCGCGUGAUUUCAGUAAAAAAAGAGGUGAUUCCAGUAAAAAAAGAGGUGAAUUCAGAAGCUGAAGAAGAGGUGAAUUCAGAAGCUGAAGAAAAGGUGAAUUCAGAAGCUGAAGAAGAGGUGAAUUCAGAAGCUGAAGAAGAGGUGAAUUCAGAAGCUGAAGAAAAGGUGAAUUCAGAAGCUGAAGAAAAGGUGAAUUUAGAAGCUAAAGAAGAGGUGAAUUCAGAAGCUGAAGAAGAGUUCCAGAUUUGUUACCGGGAUAAGGAAGUGGGAAACUUGUAUGAGAUGUUUCACACUCGCCGUACGCUACAUAGUAAAGCCUACCAACACAAAACCACCAAGAUCAUAGAGACAAUGGUUACUGAAGCUCUAGUUGAAGCCAACGGUUUUAUCGAAUUUACUGGAAAAGAUAAGAAAAAGUUUAAAAUGUCUGAGUCCAUACAUGAUAUGAAAGCCUUCAGUCAGAUGACGGACGAUGUGUUCAACCGCAUACUUAAUUCAACAAACGAUGGUCUGAAGGAGUCACGAGAAAUUCUCGAAAAAGUGUUAAAGCGCGAUCUUUAGUUGGUUGGACAAAAACAUAUUCCCGAAAAGAAAGUAAGUUGGAUGUUCAACAAUAAAGACAAGGAGAAAAGUGCAAUGCUUGUCUGUUGUUGUUUAAUGACAGUUAAAAUGGAUCAUCAACAACUCAAACUGUAAGGAAAACAAUCAAGCUUAAUCUAGCUUCAGUGAGACGUAGUGUAGUCUCACAAUAUUCAAUAAAUGGUGAAAAUAUUUGA